CAUGCUAAGAGACAGACUGGUGUGCGGGAUAAAUGAAGAGAAGAUUCAGCGGAGACUCUUGCAAGAAGCCAACUUGACAUUUGAGGACGCCCUGCGGAUUGCCCGAGCGAUGGAAACAGCUGCGAAAAAGUCGCUAGAAAUGCAGCAAGGUGGUCUUACAUCUACAGCAAUUUAAGCACCAGUGGCAGUACAUCAGACAUCAAGUAGGAGGGACCAUACACCAGAAAGAGUAAGUGCUCUCGUUGUUUGGGUUGACAUCUUCCCAAACCAUGCCGUUUCCAGACAGCAGAGUGUAGGAAGUGCAAGAAGCGGGGCCAUAUUGCGAGAGCGUGCCGAAGUCAGUCAAAUCAACAAGGAGAAUCAAAGGCAGCCCACCAAAUAAGCCAAGAAGAGGAUUUCCAGGAAUCAGAAGAAAUGUUAGAGACGGCAAUGAACGUUGUACACAUAGUGGGACGUGGCAAUGAAGUGAAGCCACUCAAGCUAGAAGUUGUGAUCAAUCAGCAGAAGGUGGAGAUGGAGAUAGACACUGGGGCAGCGGUAACUCUGGUGAAUGAAGCUACUUUCAAGGCAUUAUGGUCUAAACGGAAGGCCCCUGGUUUGCGUAGGUCACAAGUACAAUUACGGACAUAUUCAGGGGAAUCAUUAACUUUGGUUGGUGAAACAGAUGUGAACGUGAGAUAUGGACAGCAAGUGGCUUCCCUGCCAUUGAUCAUUGUCAAAGGCAAGGGUCCAAAUUUGUUUGGUAGAAACUGGAUGCAGAACCUAAAACUGAAAUGGGAAGAGAUAGGCCAUCUCCAUAUCACUGGUAGAACAUCACACGAGGAAGGAAGGAUUCAACAUAAGAAGCUCAUCACCAAAUACCCGGAAGUAUUCAAGGAGAAGAUGGGACUACUGGAGGGAGCAACAGCAUCGAUAGCAGUGAGAGCAGAUACCGCACCUCGGUUUUUCAAGCCUAGACCUGUACCAUAUGCGUACAAAGAGCUAGUCGAACAGGAGUUGAGACGGUUGGAACGAGACGAAAUUAUAUAAGCCGUUUGAUUCUCUGAUUGGGCUGCUCCAGUAGUACCGGUUCUAAAAAAGGACGAUUCAAUCAGGAUAUGCGGUGACUUUAGGUUGACGAUUAACCAGGCUGCUCCUUGUGAGAAAUAGUCAUUGCCAAAGAUCAAUGAUAUAUUUGCCUCUUUAGCUGGAGGUCAGUUGUUCACCAAGUUAGAUCUGAGCCAACCUUAUCAGCAGGUGGCGCUGGAUGAGACGUCGCAGAAGUACGUAGUCAUAAAUACUCACUUGGGGUUGUUCAAGUACAAACGCCUACCUUUUGGGGUGGCCUCGGGUCCAGCCAUUUUUCAAAGGGUAAUGGACACUCUCCUUCAGAAUAUUGCCAUGACAGUGGUCUAUUUAGACGAUAUUCUAGUGACAGGACAUUGUGUGGAGGAACACUUGCAGAACCUAGAAAUGGUAUUACAACGCCUAGCCAACUCGGGAUUGCGACUAAAGCUGGCUAAAUGCGCGUUUUUGCAGAAAGAAAUCAGUUACUUAGGCCAUACUAUCAACAGUCAGGGGCUAACACCAGACAAGAAGAAAGUGAUGGCUAUUCAAGCUGCACCUGAACCCAAAAAAUGUUACGGAAUUACGAUCCUUCUUGGGUAUGAUUAAUUACUAUGGCCGGUUUUACCGAAGCUGGCUUCAAGGCUGGCUCCACUGUAUCAGCUUUUACGCCAGAACGUACAUUGGCAGUGGAAAGAUGAGCAUAAGGAAGCGUUCAGACGAGCGAAGGAGGCUCUCCAGUCUAGUCAAGUGAUGAUACAUUUUGACCCAAGGAAGGAAGUCAUCGUGGCCUGUGAUGCCUCAACGUACGGGUUAGGAGCCGUGCUUUCACACAGGCUAAGCGACGGUACCGAGCGACCAAUCGCUUUCGCAUCUAGGAGCUUGGCUGACGCAGAAAGGAGAUAUGUGCAGAUAGACCGCGAAGCACUCGCAUUGCUGUUCGGUGUGAAGAAGUUCCACCAAUACUUGAGUGGAAGAGCAUUUACAAUCCUUACCGAUCACAAGUCGUUGGUCUCGUUGUUAGGAGAGAAUAAGGGCGUGCCGUUGAUGGCAUCAGGUCGCAUGCAGCGUUGGGCAAUAAAUGUUGUCUGACUAUCAGUAUAAACUACGUUAUCGACCAGGGACGAGAAAUGCCAACUCCGAUGCGCUCAGUCGGUCACCUUUGUCUGUUAAACCAGAAGUGACAGAAGAUCCUAGUGAAUCGGUGCUACACUGCACAUCUUGGAAAUGACCCCUGUCAGACCGAGGACAACUGUACAACUUCUGCAAUUUACAGACAGACAUGGACAACUGGCAACUGUCAGGCAUUAUGUGUUGAGUGGAUGGCCGAGAGAAGUAGACUCCGAGCUUCGACAUUACUGGAAUCGCCGGCACGAGCUAAGUGCCUUGGGUGGUUGUGUACUGUGGGAGUCUCGAGUCAUUAUACCUCAGAAGGCGUGGCCGAGGGUGUUGGAGGAAUUACAUGUGGCUCACCCGGGGGUAUCUAGAAUGAAGAGCCUAGCAAGAAGCUACAUUUGGUGGCCAGGAUUGGAUGCUGAUAUAGAGAAGAUAGCAAAAUCUUGCGGGACAUGCAAAGGGCAUCAGCGAUCACCACCAAAAGCGCCUCUUCACCCUUGGGCACAGCUGGAACGUGCGUGGUCGAGAUUACAUAUCGACUUUGCUGGGCCAUUCUUGGAGCGGUGGUUCGUUAUACUGUCAGAUGCGUACUGUACAUGGUUGGAAGUAAAACCAAUGAGUUCCCCCGCAACUGGACCUACCAUUCGGGUGCUACAGUCUAUUUUUUGCGACCCACGGACUACCUGAAAUCAUGGUAAGUGAUCAUGGCUCGGCCUUUACGAGUCAAGAAUUUGGAAACUUUAUGAAGAGCAAGGGAAUUGUGCAUUACAACUGCACCCUACCACCCGUCCUCUAAUGGGCUGGCUGAGAGGGCGGUUCAAACAUUCAAGGCAGCCAUGAAGCGAAUGAAAAACGAACAGGGAACACUGGAAACGAAGCUGAAUGAAUUUCUUUUUCGGUACAGAAUCACACCACACGCGACAACAGGGGAGGCGCCAGCUGUGAUUCUGAUGGGACGAAGACCAAGAAUCUGCCUGGACUUACUAUAUCCGGACCUGGCAAGAAAGACAAGGGAAGCACAAGGGCAACAAAGUAAGGAUCAUGACAAAUCUUGCAGUUAUCGGAAUCUGGAGACGGGGCAAACAAUGUUUGUGCGUAACUUUGGCAGGGGCCAGGAUUGGUUAUCAGGCGUGGUUGAGAGUCAGACUGGACCCUUAUCUUUCAGAGUGAGGUUAGAGGAGGGACGGUUAGUCAAGCGACACAUGGAUCACGUUCGACAGAGAACGACCGAUAAUAAAAGUCCAGAGGGACAAGCAAUGAUGGAGGACAGUCCCAACAUUGGGUAGACCAACAGCAAGGAGAAGAGAGCACAAGAUUGUCAGCAGCAACGAACGCUCCGGAUGUCACCGAACAUCAGCAAACAGAACAAGCAGAUUCCGAGGCUGAUCAGCAAUUGGAAAUGAGAGCUGCCGACGUUCCGCCUGUCCUCCGGCCUUCCGCACGGAUUUCGAGACCUCCAGAAAACUGGAUCUGUAGGGUAGUAAUGUGGGAACCUAGAAAAUUUAGAGGGAAGGGGUGUAAUAGUUUAGGGUUGUUUUUGGGAGGUGUCUUGGGGCGCCUGCGCAGUAGAAGAGUCUAAGUUGGUUUUGGCGGACUUUGUUGAGUUAGACAGUGUAGAUUGCAAAUACACGAGUCUCGAUACUACAAUAGCACAGCAGGGUCUUAUGAUUAAUUAGCGCAAACUCGGGCUUGGUCACCCAAGUGUGAACACGCCCACGAAGCAUUUACGAUGUAACUCUAAAACCAAACAUCACUAGCACUAUGCACUUGCUAUACGAUGUAACUCUAGAACCAAACGUCACUAUGCACUUGCUAUACGAUGUAACUCUAGAACCAAACGUUACUAUGCACUUGCUGCAAUGUAACUCUAGAACCAAACGUUACUAUGCACUUGUUACGAUGAGCAAUAGUCACUAUGCACUUGUUUUGGCAGAAAUGGCACGCCAUAGUACAUGUACCCAUACGUCAAGACAGUUGUAAUCAAAGCCAAGGUGAUCUGCGAUGCACUGCAAACUCGCGUCAUAUUAUCUCAUUCUGGAGAGAACUUCUGCGAUUUCGUUGCA